AUGUCGGGACCCAUGGAACCGUCACCCCUGAUGCAAGGCCCCUGUUUCUGGGUGCUGAUGCAUGCGGCUGCAUGGGGACCCCCGGGCGUCCCACCUGCCGCCGAGUGGGAGAGGCCCCUGGCAGAGACACACCGUGGGGAGGGAAGCGCGGAGGCUGGUGUGGGGCUGAGCGUCCCAGCGCGUCUGGAAGGAGAAGUGAGGCUGCCCGCCGGCCGGGCAGUGGCCACGGACCAGGACCCGUCCACGGCCCGGGAGCUGGGGACCCGUGACCUUGAGAACACUACCCUGGAUGCUGUGGUGCACGGAGCCGACACCAGGUCACAAGCCCAUCCAGGGUUUGACGUCUUGGCUUCUGCUUCCCAUUACUGGCCGUUGGAAAGUGUGGAUGGGAUCCACGAACUUCAGGAGACAAGUGGAGCAUUGCGAACCCACAACCUCACUGUGCUUCCUCCCCAUAAUUCUACCUUUGUAUAUACCAAUGACUCUGCCUACUCAAAUUUCUCUGCAACCGUAGAUAUUGUAGAAGGAAAGGUCAACAAAGGCAUUUACCUCAAGGAGGAAAAAGGAAUCACAUUUCUCUAUUACGGAAGGUACAAAACUUCUUGCAUCAGUAAUCCAGCACAGUGCGGCCCUGAGGGGGUCACGUUCUCCUUUUUCUGGAAGACGCAAGCAGAACAGUCCAGAACAACCCCUUUCGCGUUCGGGGGACAGGUCAUUUCCAACGGGUUCAAAGUCUGCUCCAGCGGUGGCCAGGGCUCCGUGGAGCUGUACACGCGUGACAACUCCAUGAUGUGGGAGGCCACCUUCAGCCCCCCAGGCCCCUACUGGACUCAUGUCCUGUUUACAUGGAAGUCCAAGGAGGGCCUGAAAGUCUACGUCAACGGGACGCUGAGCACCUCAGACCCAAGUGGAAAAGUGUCACAUGCCUACGGGGAGCCCAACGUCAACCUCGUGAUGGGGUCUGAUCAGGACCAGCCCAAUCGCUACGAGAACGGCGCUUUUGACGAGUUCAUCAUCUGGGAACGGGCCCUGACGCCGGAUGAGAUCGCCAUGUACUUCACAGCUGCCAUUGGAAAGCAUGUUUUGUUGUCUUCAACGCCACCCAGCUUCCUCACGACACCCACAGCAAACACCAUGGUGCCCAUUGAUGCCUACCAUCCCAUCAUAACCAACUUGACAGAGGAGAGAAGAAACUUCCAGAGUCCUGGAAUUGUUCUGAAUUACCUUCAAAAUAUGUCCCUCAGCUUACCCAAUAACUCCCUCUCAGAGGAAACAGCAUUAAAUCUCACCAAGACUUUCUUAAACACCGUGGGAGAGGUUCUUUUUUUGCCCAGUUGGACUGCUGUGUCAGAGGACAGUGCCGUGGUGCUGGGCUUGAUAGACACCGUGGACACCGUCAUGGGCCACAUAUCUUUCAACCUGCAGGCCAGCGAGCCCCAGGUUGCCAUCACGGGCUCCUCAUCCAUGGCAGAAUUUUCCGUGGCCAAAAUGCUCCCCAAGACCAUGAAUUCCUCCCACUACCGCUUCCCGGCCCGGGGGCAGAACUACAUCGAGAUCCCCCAUGAGGCUUUCCACAGCCAAGCCUGGACCACCGUCGUGGGCCUUCUCUACCGCUCGGUGCACUAUUACUUGAGCAGCAUCCAGCCGGCCAACACCAAGAUUGCUGAGGCAGCAAACUACAAAAACUGCUUGCUGUCUGUGACCAGCUAUCUGAUUUCCCUGGAGGUCUUCCCGACGCCGAAGCUCUCCCAGAACUUAUCGGGCUCCCCGCUCAUCACUGUUCAUCUCUGGCACCAUUUGAGAGAAGAGGUGACGUUUCCAUGCAGAUGCGGCCCUUAGCCCUGCAGACACAAGCCACAAGAGCUUUCCCC